GCAGUGUCCGCACCCGCCGCCGCGGCAGCUCGGGGCGGGGGGGCCGGGGCCGCGGGAAGGCCAUGGCGUGGCCGGCACCGGGACCGGCACCGGGGCCUCUUCCGGCGGCGGCGGAAGCGGGCGGCGGGGCGGCAUGGCGGAUCCGCGGCGGCCGGCGCGGGUGGCCAGGUACAAGCCACCGGCCAGCGAGACUAACCCGGCGCUGGAGGACCCGACGCCCGACUACAUGAACCUGCUGGGGAUGGUCUUCAGCAUGUGUGGGCUCAUGCUCAAGCUGAAGUGGUGCGCCUGGAUUGCCGUCUACUGCUCCUUCAUCAGCUUCGCCAACUCCCGCAGCUCCGAGGACACCAAGCAGAUGAUGAGCAGCUUCAUGCUCUCCAUCUCAGCCGUGGUGAUGUCCUACCUCCAGAACCCCCAGCCCAUGUCCCCCCCUUGGUGAUUACCCCCGGGAGGAUGCUCACUGUGUGGACGGGGGUGGGGGGUGUAAUAAAGCAGGGGGACAAUAAACGGGGCGCUGGGGCA